UAUUUAAUUCAGAUUUGGGUGGGUGUUAAGUUAGAAUCUGCAACAAGGAGGCGAGCAUUAGGAGGAGGACUCGGGCACCUCCACACCCGCCAUAGCCACCACCAACAGGGCCGCCAUGUCUAACAGCGUUCCCUCCCCCGAGUGGUUUGUCUACGACGAGAACAAGGACAGCUACGACCUCAACACAAGGAUUCUGGCCACCGCCGUCAUCUGCCUGACAUCCGUUGUUGUCCUCGUUGUCUUCCUCCACCUCUACGUCCGCCACGUCCUCCUCCGCCGGCAUCGCGCCAGCCUCCUCCUCCGCUUCUAUGCGAACAACCCCGCCCACGACGAUCCGGCCAACGUGGGGCUCGACCCCUCCGCCAUCGCCGCCCUCCCGACGCAUUCUUAUCGAGUCAUAAUCAAGCAAGGAGAAGGCGGCGGCGGUAGCAAAGACGACGGGAGCUGCGCGGAGUGCGCCAUUUGUUUGAGCGCCGUGGAGGAAGGGGAGACGGUGAGGACGCUGCCCAGCUGCAAGCACCUGUUCCACGUCGGCUGCAUCGACAUGUGGCUGGGCUCCCACUCCACCUGCCCGGUGUGUCGCACGGCGGUGGAGCCUCCGCCGGCCGCCACACCCGACGUCAGCGAGCCAUCCACCGUUCCACCUCCAAGAGCGGCGUCGCAGGACUCCUCGGGAGCCGCUGCGGCUGCGGCGUCCCAGGAAGGCUCCUCCUCGGGAUCCAAGGACUCGGGAUCGGCUUCCUCGCGAUUGGGUUCGUCGUUCAGGAGGAUGUUGAGUUGGGAUAGGUCAACAGGGAGAAGAGCUCAAGGGGAAGCGAUGGAAGACCUGGAGAGACAGUAAAAGCUUCUUAAUUUUACCUCUCUUUUCUGGGUCGAAUCUUUUUUUGCAUCAACGGAUAACUACUAUUGGUGGGUGAGUGGGCCCUUCCAAUAUGAACCAGAGUCUCGAGUUUCAAAGUAGUUGGUAUCACGACACGCCACGUUUCUCGUCCAUGACUUGACUCACGUGGCACGGUUGUUACAAUGUUGACUUGGUGGGAAGCCCGGUUGCCCCUUCCUCCACUGUCGUGAUUGCGUACAUUUCCAGUUGCGUCUCUCGCUUCGGGUUUACUUAUUAUGCUCGACGAUGUUUAAUGCAAUAGGUUGUAUUGUCUUUGGGGA